GCGGAACUUCCGGCGCGGGGCGGAAGCGGCGGCAGGGGCUAAGUGACUGAGGCGGGGAGCGCGCGACGGCGGGCGAAUGUUGGCGGCGCGGCACGUUGUAUGCGCCUUGUCAGGCGGAGUGGACAGCGCGGUGGCCGCUCUGCUGCUGAGGCGGAGAGGGUACCAAGUGACAGGGGUGUUCAUGAAGAACUGGGACCAGCUGGACGAGCAUGGCGUGUGCACCGCUGACAGAGACUGUGAGGACGCCUACAGGGUCUGCCAGAUCCUGGACAUCCCCUUCCACCAGGUCUCCUACGUGAAGGAGUACUGGAACGACGUGUUCAGUGAUUUCUUGAACGAGUAUGAGAAAGGAAGGACUCCCAAUCCAGACAUAGUGUGCAACAGGCACAUCAAGUUCGGCUGCUUCCUUCGUUAUGCUGUGGAUAACCUGGGUGCAGAUGCUGUAGCCACAGGCCACUAUGCAAGAACCUCGCUGGAAGAUGAAGAAGUUUUUCAACAGAAGUACAUAAAGAGGCCCGAAGGGCUUUUCAGAAAUCGCUUUGAAGUUAGAAACCCGGUGAAGCUCCUGCAGGCAGCUGACAGCUUUAAGGACCAGACCUUCUUUCUCAGCCAGGUUUCCCAGCCUGCCCUGAGGAGAACCAUCUUCCCCCUCGGGGGCUUAACCAAACCUUUCGUCAAGAAAAUCGCGGCUGAGAAUCGGCUUCAUCAUGUGCUUCAGAAGAAAGAGAGUAUGGGCAUCUGCUCUGUGGGCAAGAGGAACUUCGAGCAUUUCAUCCUGCAGUAUCUGCAGCCUCGGCCUGGUAAAUUCAUCUCCAUAGAAGACAAUCAAGUUCUGGGGACACAUAAAGGUUGUUUCCUGUACACCUUGGGUCAGAGAGCCAAGAUAAGUGGCUUGCGGGAACCCUGGUUUGUGGUGGACAAGGACGGGGCCAAGGGCGACGUGUUUGUGGCCCCCCGGACAGACCACCCAGCCCUGUACAGAGACCUGCUGCGGACCAACCGCGUGCACUGGAUUGCCGAGGAGCCGCCUGCGGCCCUGGUCCGAGACAAGAUGAUGGAGUGCCACUUUCGCUUCCGCCACCAGAUGGCGCUAGUGCCCAUCAGAUUAAGAACUGCUCGGAGGGCGAGAUCCGCACACGGGGCUGGGGACUGCUCGGACCACGGGCACUCAGGUCUCAGGAGUCACCUGCGGAGACCUCCUCUGUGUUGGCAGCCACUCGCCCGGUAAGGCACAUGGAUGGCUCGGAGGGGGGUGGGGGGGUAUUAAACUGUCUUCAGCGACGUGUAGCCGUCUCCAGUGUCUGGAAACCGCUUGUCCACCGCUUGGGCACUGACAUGAAGAACAAAGGAAACGCUGAAAUGAAUGCAGGGUCUGAGUAAUCCUGGGCCCUGUUCCACAGCCCCUCGGGCCAUGCUGUGGACUGCGGCCCUCACUGUGAGUCUCCAGGAACAGUCUGGGAGGCGCUGAAAAGCACGGCUGUGCCUUUGUCCUCUGCAUAAUUGGGCAUUUGAGGCACAACGAUGUCAUUGGUCAACUCGGGGGGUGGGGCCUCAGCUAGGAAACUGGCAGGAAAGAAUGUGACACCCUGAAGCCCUCGUGCCUCCGUCUGCGUCGGGAACGCGUGAAUGCUGUCUGAUCCCUGGAGCAGGAACCGGGAACAAAGGCGUCUCCCACCUGCAAUGCUGCGCUCCUGGGAAUGGCUCCAGGGAGGCCUCCACCCUGGACCUGGAGUGGGCCCGGCCAUGGCGCCUGCACAGCGACAGCUGGGCUCCUGGGACUCCCUGUCUGGGAGAAGCACUGGCCCCAAAGCAGAUGCCGUGCAUCUGGGAGGCCAGCGGUCAGGGCACGGCUUCUGGCUCACUGGUGAAAGCUGGAGACGGCUGAUGCCACCGACUACACCAUGACCUGCUGGGAACCUGGCAGCAGCCACACCAUGCCAGUUCAUGCUCCACACUCCCGGUAUCCACAGUCCGUACCAAUGCAGAGUCCCAUGCAAACAACAGUAUAUCUGCACCUUUUCAACGUUAA